AUGUAUAAUUUAGCUGAGCUGAGACGGCGAGGAGGAGGAGCAGACCCUGACAGCACGGAAAACAUCAGUGACAAGGAGGCAGAUGGAGACGACAGGCUUGCUUUUCCCGGUGAAGGGGAAGGAGAAAUGGAGGGCGACUCCAAAGCGGACACACCAGACAUGCCACCUCCCACAGAUAACACUCCACAGUGUCUCAACAAAGCCCUGGAGGGCUUGUCAUCUAGGUGGAAGAACUGGUGGAUAAGAGGCAUAUUAUCAAUGACAAUGAUCAUUGGCUUCUUCCUCAUCAUCUAUUUGGGACCCAUUAUGCUUAUAUUUGUGGUUAUGGGUGUUCAAAUCAAGUGUUUUCAUGAAAUUAUAACCAUUGGCUACAGAGUUUACCAUUCCUAUGAUCUGCCGUGGUUCAGGACUCUAAGCUGGUAUUUCUUGAUUUGUGUGAACUACUUCUUUUAUGGAGAGACAGUGGCUGAUUAUUUCGGCGCACUCGUCCAAAGGGAGGAACCUUUGCAGUUCCUUGUGCGUUAUCAUCGGUUUAUUUCUUUUGCAGUGUAUUUGGCAGGUUUCUGCAUGUUUGUACUGAGUUUAGUGAAGAAGCAUUACCGCCUGCAGUUUUAUAUGUUUGCUUGGACCCAUGUGACCUUGUUGAUUGUGGUGACUCAGUCACAUCUGGUUAUUCAGAACCUGUUUGAGGGAAUGAUCUGGUUUAUUGUUCCCAUCUCUAUUGUGAUCUGUAAUGACAUCAUGGCCUACCUGUUUGGCUUCUUUUUUGGAAGAACACCACUGAUUAAGCUUUCCCCGAAGAAGACCUGGGAAGGAUUUAUUGGGGGAUUCUUUGCAACAGUGGUCUUAAGUUUCUUUUUUGCCUACCUGCUAUCCCAGUACCAGUACUUUGUUUGUCCAGUGGAAUACAACAGCGAGACAAACCGCUUUGAAGUAGAGUGUGAGCCCUCAAAUCUGUUCAUGAUGCAGGAAUACACACUUCCUGCAGUGGUGCAGAAUGCAAUUAGAUGGAAAACGGUGAACCUUUACCCAUUUCAGAUCCACAGUAUUGCACUCUCUUCGUUCGCCUCUCUGAUCGGACCAUUUGGUGGAUUCUUUGCCAGUGGCUUCAAGCGAGCUUUCAAGAUCAAAGACUUCGCGGACACCAUUCCUGGUCAUGGUGGAAUAAUGGAUCGUUUUGACUGUCAGUAUCUGAUGGCGACGUUCGUUCAUGUUUACAUAGCAAGUUUUAUCAGGGGGCCGAACCCCAGUAAGGUUUUACAGCAGUUGCUCGCCCUGCAACCAGAACAGCAACUCAGCAUCUUCAACACGCUGCGCAAUCACUUGCGAGAAAGGGGCAUGCUGCCCCCUGCUGUGGAGGAAGCCCAAUGACGGACAACUCCACCACAGCAGACAAAAACAGUUCAUGUCCUGUUGAACUCUGCAAACAUUCACUCAUGACUGUGAUCACAAGAGCACACUCCCAACCGACCGCA